AUGGACACGGUGCCUCCAUCAUACCAGACGGCCACCACCAAAGAUGCAUGGUCUAUUAUUGCUCAGUAUAUACCAUCCAGUGACCUGUGUGCGGCCACCCUGGUCUGUCAAAAAUGGCAUGGAAUCUUCAUGCCCUUUCUAUGGGGCAAUCCGGCCUCGCAUUUCGGCACCGACAACGAUGCUGUCUACGUCGCCCUGACAAGAUUUAGGAGGACUUUAAAGUAUGCAAGGCUUGGGGUGCGGAUGCUCACCCAUACUCUCCACCUCCCCCCAGCCCUGUCAGAAAUCUACGGGGGUCCACGACCAGAGUGGUUAAAGGAAAUUCUCCACCAUCUCCCAAACCUGCAGUCCUUGGUGGUUUCUAAAUUGCCUUUCUUCGACCAUAAUGCUAUGAUGGCUUUAAAAGGCGUCACCAGAUAUGAUCAACAGGCAGCCUCUGCGGUCCCUUGUACCUACAACAUCCGUCUCCUGUUGGCAGACCAGGAGCCGAACGCCACGUCACAGGGCCUGGCAGAGGCGCUGUUGCGUUUCCAGGAACUUGUUUAUCUUGAUUUAUCUUAUACCACGCCGGCUCGAGAUCGUAUGGUCCUCUCUUCGCUAUCUCAACUAGAGCAUCUCCAGGUGUUGAAACUACAGGGCAUCGGUUUAAAAGACACCGACGCGGAAUUCCUGGCCAACGCCGUUGGCUUAAGAGUCCGGUUCCUCGACCUGCGCGAUAACAUGCUCACAGAUAUGGCUGUCCGGUCUUUGUUGCAGGCUUCAUUCCCAACCCACGGCGAUUCCGCCGGCGACCGCCGACCGAGUGCUGUGCCCGUGGGGACAUUCGAUUCUUUCCUCCGACUGCCACUGCCAUUCUCCAGCCCAAAGUGGCUCAGCUCCCCAACUCUGGAUGAGCAUUUUUUGAAAGCAUUGACCCAGCCCUUAUCGGGUCGUUCAUGGGUAGAGGAUCUUUCACAUGGUGGCAUCACACAUCUCUAUAUAGCGGACAACCAAAUCACGGUUGAAGGCGUUGCGAGCCUCUUAGCCUCAGCCAGGCUACAUGUACUUGAUGUGGGUACGGUUGACACUGCAGAGUCCCUCCAUAAAGGGCAGCGCUCUCUGCUCUCGCAGCCCCGCGACAACCAUCACAAGCUCCCUGGGGCUGAAAAAUUGAUUCCGAUUCUUGGAUCUACUGCAAAGGAGAGCCUGACAUACCUUAGAGUGCAUCAUGCCAUCUGUACAGCUGAUAAUCCAUAUGAAGAAUCAGCACCGUCAACUUUUGCCCUGCCUGAAUUAUCAGCCGAAGCCCAUCAUGCAGAACAGCCGGUUGAGUUUGAGCUAGAGGCUACGAAUCAGAUCCACGAACUCCCCACGAAUGAAGCCCCUGUCUUUGAGCUCGAAGGAUCUCCAAUUCCGCAGCCAUUAGGCUGUUCGGCAGUUGGAUCUGCCAAGCGGACUGUCCACGAAGAUGAACCGCUUCCGGAGCCGAGGCGGGGGUCUGUUUUUGCUCCUGAGGUUGCUGGCGAGGGACAAGAUACUGUCAAUGGCCAUGCCCCAGCGACCAGCCCCCUCAAAGGACUUUCAAUAUUGACUACUCCUGACCCAGGUGUGGGCUCAAAACCAACAGGGGCGAUUUCGCAAUAUGGCCUUUCCCUGUCAAUGGACGACGAUCUUCGAGACCAGAAAAUCCAAGAGCUCAUUUCCAAAAGACCCAAAAGUCUGACUCUCCCUCGACGAAACCAUAAAUGUAACAGCUUUCCGUAUCUGCAUCCUUCCCAUGUUCCACACUUGGAGACAUUGGUACUGACUGAUGUUCCGUCUCAUGUGCCUGCUGACUCUCACUACCUGAGACACCUGAAGCGAUUUAUAACAGCCUGCUCAAAUGAAGCGCUACUAGCCGUUCUUCAAGCAGGGUCAGACUAUUCGCUCCCCCCGGGACGGCACCGGGCAAAAGCAGAGCAGGAACGGGCUGGGUCUCUCUUUGCUUUACGGCGCCUUGUGCUUGAGAUUACCCCGACAAACCAACUAAGUGGAUCAGCCCGACGGACUGCGUGGAAGCCCACCGGUUUCCAGAGCGGAGCGUCCAAGUCGAGUACCGGAGAUCGAGAUCUGGAGAAUCUAUGGACGGCGUCAAUGGAUGACUUUAGCUUUUUCGACGAAACUGAGUGUGGAGUUCCCGAAAAUGAUCCCGGAAAGUACUUCCCCAUGGCUGCUCUCAACGAGAAAGUUACUUUGAUCCCUGGAGAAGAUGAUUCCGGACAUUCGCGGAUCUCAACCCCAGACAGAUCUUCGUCUCCGGGGCUGCUUCACCAUCACUCCUCAUUACAGAAACACACUGGGCCGGGUUCAACCAAUAACGAGAACGCCCAAAAAGACAGGAGUAUGUCCCCGCCUCAAGCAGAGGUACCGACGAUCGGCCUUGUCGCCGAGCUAGCCGCCUUUCGUCGCGCGAAGAGGAUCGAAUAUGAAGAAGUGGUGCGACGGGAUCGAAAACGACGUAGCACAGUGGGGUUUACCUCCCUGCUCUCGCCCUCGCCCUCGGCCUCGUCCGUGCGAUCGUCAUCACCAUCUCCUAGCGUGCCGACAACGGGGACCGUUUCAAAAGCGCAGCUAGCCAUGGCAUAUUUUGUCGAGGGACACUGGAAAGGAGAAGUGAAGAUCGUUCGCAACGCAGCGCCCAAGGGACGGAGCGGCGUGGUGGACAUGUACGGGAAUUACUUUGAGAAAGGCUACUUGUAUCCUUGA